UAAGUUGGCAAUCUAGGUAUGUUGUCUUCACUGGAGGGUCCUGGACGGGUUAUAUGGUAAAGACAACCCUCGUUAUGUUAAUCUACUAAGGUCUGGAUACAGCAACAAGAAUUGUGGUACCACAACCAUAGAUCAGGGCACACUGAUGACGGGCAGGAAGUAAACCAGUUACUGCACGCUCGGGCGAGAAUUUUCCUUUGCCCGGCAAACAGGGCAGCAAGAUAGUUAGAAGCUCGCAUCAGGAGAUUGGUAGAGAACGCUGUGGAUGACGGUACCAGCAAAAAUAGACGACGUCACACGGAGUCGGAGUUCCAAACGCUCGCCACGCAUUCCUCAUCGGGAUCUGCUGAUGCGGGAUUUUGAAGUCUAUAUGCGCUCAUCUGCGGCAAAUUUUGAUAACAAAUUGCCUUGGAUCAGCUCAUGUCGAUGUGACAUAGAAGUAGUAAUGGGUCUGUCAGGGUAGUUGUGAGGUGGGUUUCGGCCUGGGGCCCCAGGAAUCGGAAUGACUGAGAAGUACAUACUGCUGUGCGGGGAGGUCCGAAAGCUGGUCGAGUGUGGGACGAUAUAAGACGGCAUCAUAGCGGCUGGACUUUACAUAAACACGGGGACCGCCGCUGUGAUAUUCUUUUGUUCGGAUGUCGCUGCCUCAGGCUCAUAUUUCGUGUACGACUAAGUAUGGAGUAGAGUAAUUGGGUUCCCGAGCCACCUUCAGCUUGGGGGAACAUGAAGGACAACGUUGUAUAAUGAUGCUGGAACUUCACCACAUGUUAGAUGGGCAGGGGGGUUGCUAAUUCAGGUCUCAAAAGGGCACUUGCACGCAGAGGGCCGUUAGGUGCCUCAUCUUGUCGGCUAUGUUUGACCCUCGCGUCGGUCAAUAUGCAGGCGCAGCAGAUAUCCGGUCCCCGUUUCCCUGAAACAAAGCAAAUCCAACUGGCAACCAGCCAGGUCUCAUUUCACGGAGAGCGCUUCCUCCCGACAGACCGUGUUUUCUUGAUGAUCACGAUCUCGAGGGUGUGGUUUCAAUAAUGCCGAGGCCGUCUUCAGAGCGGCUAUCCAGGGCCCACCUGAACAAGGUCGGUAUCUCCACGCAUCUUUUUGAGACCAUGACCAUCCACGCAGCUUGGGGAUAAUAGAUGAAGCAAGACGGAAGCAGUAAGAGGCAACACUAGAGAGUAUGGGCCAACCGGGCAGUAAUGAUCCAACGAACAGCAAGCAUGACUUCCACGAUUAUUGCUCCAAAGAAGGUACUUUAUCCAACAAAGAUGGGGAUUCGUUCUCUGCGGGCAGUUUUGGCUGGGGCUUGGAUUGCGAAACGGCGUCCCGAUCUUGCUGGAAUCUGGCGAUGUAAUUCGAUUACCUCCCUCUGUCCUAUACCGUAUCUAACACGUCAAACGGCUCAGAAAGGGGAUGGGCGAUGAUAUAGCAUUUCACCUUGAUUUAUCUGAUGUCCAUAUUCGAGCAGAGACAUACUCUCUCGAGAGGCCUCCUUAACAAGAAUAACAUACAGCAGAAGGCUCAAUUUAGAAGCUGACUUGAAGGUAGUGACAGCAUAAGAUAGUACUACUACAUAGUAGGUACUAGCGGGCUGCAAACCAGGGACUGUGUUUGCUCCAAGACUCCCAAGAGUGAGAAGUGGUAACGUAUUUACGGUACGGAAAGAAAGCGUGUUCGGAUCGCCGACAAGCAGCAGAAGAAAAGAACUUUGGCGGACGAAAGAAGACGAGGAGGAAAAGUUGGGCAACGCAAAGGGGGAGCUCACCGUCCAUCAGCACCAGGUAAAAUACUGGAACUAUCGCCGUCACCAUCACCCUCUCCACCACAUCCUCCUCCCAUUCUUCUUCAUUCAUCUUCUCUUCCUUCAUCGUCACCAUCACCGUCGAGCCAGCAUUGAAGGAUACUACUACUAGACCACCGUCUCCUGCCCAUUCACCGUUGUCCUAUCGAGCCCUUCGACUCCUCUUCAGCUACAACACUUGUCAGCGUACAACUGUACCACAAACAGAUGGCUUCAGCUUGAGUCUUCUGUUCCCCGACCACGCCUGACCCGCGAAGAUUUGCUGGUUCACCAAACGAGGAGACACUAGAGCCAGACCCUCCGAAAGAAGAUUCCUGGCAGACCCGGUAAGGCGAACUCCCCUUCCAUCCCAUUCAAUUUCUUCUCCUUCCCAGUGUGUCCUCCGCCAUCCUCUUUCAUCCGCCCUCGAGAUUGUGUUCAUCUUAUUUCUCGAAUCCAUCCACUCCUCCCAUCGCCUGCCGCUUGCUUAUAGUUAAUUUCAAGCAGAUAGCGCAGCGGCUCACGAGUCACGAACGCGUGAUCGCUCCCUUGACCAAGGGCCCUUUUUCGCGCAUAGGCACCUGCCGUAUACCUUGCCAGUCCAUGACCUCCUGAUAUCCAUCUCAAUUGCUCUCUCUAUCUCGGCUGUCCCUGUCCUCAAACCUUCGUCGCCGCGCCUCCGACACACGCGGCUGCCACCAUGACGGGGGCUCCGCCGUACAAUCCGCAGUCUCCGACUCAGCAGUCUCGCUAUCCUGCAUAUUCACCCUCCAAUAAGCCGCGACACUUCUAUCCCAGCAAUGACCAAUAUCAGCAGCGCCCACCGCAGACUCCCCCUGCCUUCCCGCAGCCCAAUCUAUCUCGGAGUCCGCACUACUCCCAUGCGCCUUCGCCUUUACCAGGCACCUUACCACCAUUAAAUGGCAAUGGCCCCCCGCCGCUGCAUUCAUCUGAUCCGUCGUCGCAAUAUCAGUCCCAUUCGGCUGCAGGAACUCCGCAAUACUCUCUCGGGAGGCCAUAUCAUGGAUCUAUACUUCCCGGAAACAGCGCAUCUCCAUACGGCCCUUCGACCCCGUCCCAUGCACAUCCUCCAAGUCGACCAGACAGCCACCCUCAUGUGUCACCAAAGAAGGAGCCGGAGCAGUCGUUCUCAUUGAGCCACGGCGUUCCUUCUUAUUCGUCAUCUCACCUGCGAGAGCCCAGACCAAGCUCGCCUCCGAGAGAAGUGAAACCUUCUCGCGCGGCCGACCCUAUGUCAUUCGCUAGUAUCCUCUCAGGACCUUCAGGGGAGCGCUCUCCCCCAAAGAGACAGUCACCCCCGCCAGGAAUUUCUGCGAUCCCUUCGGCUGCACCUUCUAUUAACGCAACCAGUCAUAGCCCCCCACCUCUAGCCUCUCUCCAUCAGUCCAAAAUCAAAGAGCUUGAACCGGCGCCGGCUGCUUCAACAGCGCGAUUGGACAAGAAACUCAGCACGGACAGACGUCGACGCACCACUGAUAAAGACCAAAAGACCACCGAUAUCUUAACUAAUGGAGUAACCGAACCUCCAAAGAUAAUUCGUCCUCCUCGCAAAACGUUGUCUGAGAAGGAGACAGACAUAGUCAACAAGAUUAUCAGUGAAAUCGACAGUGCAGAGAAAAGCGAUGUAGAGGCCGCGGGCUUUGAGAAAGAACGCGAGCGCUAUCUGGCGAAAGGGAAGAAGCGUUUACGUGACAUUGACCGAGCUGAGGGGAUCAAGCGCAAGCGCCGUCGUCAUGAUUUUCUUUUACAACUCGGAAAGUCGUUCGACAAACAAGCGAACGCAGGUAUGGAUCGAUUCCGAAUCGCAAACGAAGCCUCCGUCAUCUCCGAAGUCCAGGCCAAGGAAAUUCAAGAUGAGAAGGAACGCAAGAAGGAUAUGCAGCGGAAGCGUCGGCGAGAAAAUACUGUGCGAAUGGAGAUGCAGAAGAAGCUUGAAGCGGAACUCAAGGCGAACGAGACCCAGGACUCGGCUGAGAAAGCGAAAUUCUUGCGGGAAGCAGAGCGGGCCCAAAGAAAGAUCAAGACUACCAAGAGGGCAUUGGAAGGCGUCACUUCUCCCGAAGAAAUCGGCGAGAUCACUCCGCUGGCUCCCAACCUCGAGGGGGGCACUACUAGCUCCUUUCACAUCGGUCGAAGCUCCCCAUCAAGGCGAAAGUCUGGUCGUGGCGGUCCCGUUACACGACCCAAGAAGUCGAAGGAGCAGAAGCAAGCUGAAAAGGAUGCAGCCGAAGCCGCCUAUGCAGCAAUGGAGAAUGACGAGCCCUUGCCUCUUGCUCCUAAGGAAGACCCGCGAAAAGAGUCUCUCAAGAAAGAAGCUAGAGCAAACCGUUCGAAAGAAAGCACACCGAUACCGAUCUCGACAUAUGACUCAAAAGGCUAUAACCAGAUUUAUGAACAAAUCUGGAGGGAUAUUGCACGUAAGGAUAUUCCCAAAGUCUACCGCAUCAAAGCCGCUUCCCUCAGCACCCGUCAAGAGAACUUGCGCAAAACUGCCCAGCUAGCCAGCAAGCAGUCACGCAAGUGGCAAGAACGGACGAACAAGAGUAUGAAAGAUACGCAAGCUCGCGCCAAACGAACAAUGCGUGAGAUGAUGUCCUUCUGGAAGCGCAACGAACGUGAAGAGCGAGAUUUGCGCCGCCUUGCCGAGAAGCAGGAACUCGAGUCGGCGAAGAGAGCAGAAGCAGAGCGUGAGGCUAAUCGCCAGAGGCGCAAGCUCAACUUCUUGAUUUCACAGACCGAGCUGUACUCUCACUUCAUCGGUCGCAAGAUCCCGGGAGCGGAAGGGGACGAGGCUGAAGAGACAGCAGCGGAGGUCGCCAAACUAGGUGCUGCGGGUCCAAAAGUUACAAGUUUCGAAGACUUGGACUUUGAUGCAGAGGAUGAAACCGCAUUGCGCCAGGCUGCCAUGGCUAAUGCCCAGAACGCUGUGCAACAAGCCCAGGAACGGGCGCGCGCUUUCAACCCCGACCAAAACCCCAUGGAUGCGAUGGAUGAUAGCGAGCUGAACUUUCAAAACCCGACCAGUCUGGGAGACAUUGAGAUUUCGCAGCCUAAUAUGCUCACAGCCAAGUUGAAAGAAUAUCAGCUGAAGGGUUUGAAUUGGCUUGUCAACUUGUACGAACAGGGCAUCAACGGUAUCUUGGCGGACGAGAUGGGUCUCGGUAAAACCAUUCAAUCCAUCUCGGUCAUGGCCUACCUGGCUGAAGUCCAUAAUAUCUGGGGUCCGUUCUUGGUGAUUGCACCCGCAUCAACACUCCACAACUGGCAGCAGGAAAUCACCAAAUUCGUCCCGGAUGUUAAGGUUCUGCCCUACUGGGGAUCUGCCAAAGACCGCAAGAUUCUUCGCAAAUUCUGGGAUCGCAAACACAUUACCUAUACCAAGGAGUCCGAGUUCCAUGUACUAGUAACGUCCUAUCAGCUUGUUGUCCUUGACGCGCAGUACUUCCAGAAGGUCAAGUGGCAGUACAUGAUUCUUGAUGAAGCUCAGGCAAUCAAGUCCUCGCAGAGUUCACGUUGGAAGAGUCUCCUUGGCUUCCACUGCCGCAAUCGACUCUUGCUGACCGGUACUCCUAUCCAAAACAACAUGCAGGAGUUGUGGGCCCUUCUUCAUUUCAUAAUGCCCACCUUAUUCGACUCUCACGACGAAUUCAGCGAGUGGUUCUCCAAGGAUAUUGAAUCACAUGCACAAAGCAACACGAAGCUUAAUGAAGACCAGCUUAAGCGUCUGCACAUGAUUUUGAAGCCAUUCAUGCUUCGGCGUGUCAAAAAGCACGUGCAGCAAGAACUCGGCGAUAAAGUCGAAAAGGACGUCUUCUGUGAUCUUACAUACCGCCAACGCGCCUACUACACCAAUCUACGAAAUCGGGUUAGCAUCAUGGAUCUAAUUGAGAAGGCUGCCGUUGGUGAUGAGACGGACAGCACGACGCUGAUGAACUUGGUAAUGCAAUUCCGAAAGGUCUGCAACCAUCCUGACCUGUUUGAACGCGCCGAGACUAGUUCACCAUUUUCGCUUGCACACUUUGCAGAAACCGCUUCGUUCGUUCGUGAGGGUAACAAUGUCGAUGUCGCCUACUCAACACGCAAUUUGAUCGAGUUCACCGUCCCGCGAAUCCUUUGCAAGUCCGAUGGCCGCGUUGAUAUGGCGGGGCCAAACAACUCCAGGGCAGGUUUCCGUGCUAAAUAUUUGGGACAUAUGAUGAACAUAUUCACACCGGAAAAUAUCAAACAGAGCAUAGAGGACGACGGUGCAUUUUCUUUCCUGCGGUUUGUGGAUACUUCUAUCGGAGAGGCAUCAGAGUUGUCUCAACUCGGGGUUUUUGAGCGCGCCGUUCGUCGUCGCGGCCAGACGAACAGACUCUCCUAUCUUAAUGUGAUAUACGAUGAAGAGAAGGAUCGAUUGACGAAUACUGUUCUGCCUCAUGCUUUGUUCAACAUUGCUCAGCGCAACGACAGACAGGCUGCUCAUAACAUAACGCACGAGGGAUACAUGCGCGAAUUGAUGAACGUAUCCCAGUCACUCUUUGAGCAAGAGGGGCUAAACGUCAUUGAGCCUUGUGCUAGCCCCGCUGCAUCAGCGCCUCCGAUUACUCUUGUAGCCUCAGGUCAAGAGGCCUCGAUGGAAACCACCGACAGUCUGUUCAAUGUUUCCGUUCGCCAUGCGCUGUACGGUGUUCCCUCGAAAGCCAUGGAAGAGCAAAUCAUUGAGAAACAACUGGAUCCGACGCCUUAUUCUCUCCCUCCAAUGUUGCCUGCGCCACUUUCAGCCAAGGGCCGCUACACUCACAUCGAAGUACCGUCCAUGCGACGGUUUGUCACGGACUCCGGUAAAUUAGGUAAACUGGAUGAACUUCUGCGAGAACUCAAGGCGGGCGGCCACCGUGUGCUACUGUAUUUCCAGAUGACACGUAUGAUUGACCUCAUGGAGGAAUACUUGACCUACCGCAACUACAAGUAUUGCCGCUUGGACGGAAGCACGAAGCUUGAGGACCGCCGAGAUACUGUGGCUGAUUUCCAGCAACGUCCGGAGAUCUUCGUGUUCCUCUUGUCUACUCGUGCUGGUGGUCUGGGAAUCAACUUGACUGCUGCAGACACUGUCAUCUUCUACGAUUCAGAUUGGAAUCCAACCAUCGACUCGCAGGCUAUGGACAGAGCUCAUCGUCUCGGUCAAACUCGACAGGUCACGGUGUAUCGAUUGAUCACUCGGAAUACAAUCGAAGAACGUAUCCGCAAACGAGCCCUGCAAAAAGAGGAGGUUCAACGAGUUGUUAUUUCAGGUGGCGCAGCUGGCGGUGUUGACUUCAACACCCGUAAUCGAGAGAGCAAGACCAAGGACAUUGCCAUGUGGCUGGCCGACGACGAACAGGCCGAACUCAUCGAGCAAAAGGAACGGGAAGCCCUUGAACGGGGCGAAACAUUUGGUGCUGGUAAGGGCGGCAAGAAGAACGCCCAGAAGAGAAAGAGGGAUAUCACUCUGGAUGAUAUGUAUCACGAAGGCGAAGGAAACUUUGAUGAUAUUAGUGCCAAACCCUCGGGAGCUGCGACUCCGGUAUCAACAGCAGAGAAUAUUGGAACCCCAUCAGCUGCCACGCCAGUCCCCAAGCGAGGACGCGGGCGAGGUCCGAAGGGAACAUCCAAACGAGCGAAAACGACGAAAGAGCGACUUCGUCUCAUAGAUGGUGAUGGGGGUCUUGGUGGUUAAUGGCGAGUUGAUGGUUUAUUAUACUUGCAUGACGGCGUCUAGUGUUUCUAUAUUGUUUCUUCGCCAUUUUCUUGGUCCCCUUUUUCUUCGGCUUCUUCUCACUUUCUACUAUUUGUUUUCUCUUCUUCUCUGCCCGGAUGGGACUGUUUUACAUUUGCCUGUAUUAACACGAAGAUGGCGAUAUGCUAUGCAAGCUCCACGUAAAGAGUGGAAGCAUGAUGUCAGAUGGAGGGUAGAGAUGUUAACUAAACGUAUUCAUACAUGUGCUUUCGAAGAGAACUGGGGUUGAAUAUGGCCACUGUGCUCAAUAUUGUUAUAAUAAAGCAGCUAUGGGCGAACGUAAGCCUUACACAUGGACGAUUACUCGGGAAUGACAGUCGAUGGCCUUCCUGGCCGGGAAACCAACGUUUGAACGUACGAUGCGGAUCACAGGCAGACGGACGGACCCCGGCAAGUGUUCCAAGAGGCGUUAGCCUCGGUCAGCGGGUCUGGAGCCGUUGGGAGUAAGCGUAUAGUAUUUCCGAUUACCCGCACAACG